CAGUUGAACGCACACUGAAACAGUAAAGUAACAAUUAGAAAUGCGUAACACGCACAUACACCCCACGAUACAUUGAGUUAGAUCACGCAGCUCCAUGGGAUGGCAUGGUGGGAAUAGGAGAGGAGCUCUCGGGUGAUCGACACACCCCCCGCAGCCCUAUACCUGGCCAGCACGUCAUUUGCGCUAAGAAAUUUCCCUUCAACAAGGGACAGGAACCACAUGGCGCAAUGCUAAUAACGGCAUUCUAUCAGGGUAUAUCAGAGCUGUUUCUUUCGAGUCUUUCCCUCAUUCCAUUCCACAACUUCAAUUUGCAUUGGCCAAUUCCUUGCACAGACUCCAAGUUCCGCAAACACAAUGGCAACCAACAUCACCUGGCACCCUUCGCUCUCGCGCAGCGAGCGCAACACCUUCCGCAAGCAGCGCGGCUUCACCAUCUGGUUCACCGGCCUCUCCGCCUCGGGGAAGUCGACGAUCGCAACUGCGCUCGAGCAGCACCUGCUUCACCUCGGCCUCGCCGCGUACCGUCUCGAUGGUGACAACGUGCGCUUCGGCCUCAACAAGGACCUUGGAUUCGACGAGAAGAGCCGGAAUGAGAACAUCAGGCGGAUAGCCGAGGUCGCCAAGUUGUUCGCUGACAGCUCCACCAUCGCCAUCACCUCCUUCAUCUCGCCAUACAAGGCCGACCGCCAGCAAGCCCGCGAGCUGCACGCCGCGCAGCCCGCACACCCGGACGACGAGCCGCUCUCAUUCAUCGAGGUCUUUGUCGACCUCCCGCUCGAGGUUGCUGAGGCACGCGACCCCAAGGGCCUGUACAAGAAGGCGCGCGAAGGCAAGAUCCCCGAGUUCACCGGCAUCAGUGCGCCGUAUGAGGCGCCUGAGAACCCGGAGAUCAAGAUCCAGAGCGACAAGACGAGCGUCGAGGAUGCGGUUAGACAGAUUGUCGAGUACCUUGAGACGAAGGGUCUGUUGAAGUUGAAUGCGGCGGAUGGGAGGGGAUUGGAGUACUAGGUUUGACGUUGAGGAAAGGGAGUGAGAACGAAGAGUUGGACGGUCGAGACGAGAUGGUCGAUUGAAGUCCGCUACACGAGCUGGGUUGUGGGUCAACAUAAUGAUAAACCAGCCUCCAAAGGAACCUGGCAUGUGAUGAGAACAUGUCUGGAUGACUACGUCCACCGGCUCUCUUUCCUCUGUCUCCCACUCGUGAAGCUGACGUACAUUGCGACAACACUGCAGAUUUCCUUGCCGUGCACAUGUUUCACUCACCGAAAUUACGCCUACCCCUGAUUCGGAUACUGCCCGCCCUAGUCUUCAUAAUGAGCCCAAUCGCCUCACCCAAACAAUUGAACGGUACAAUACCUAGUUUACAUGCAGCACAACGUCCUAGUUU